AAAAUGUUUGGCUUGAAAAACAUGUUCACAAUUCAUUGUGAUAUACAGUAUAAAGAACAACUAUGAUCAGGUUUUCUGUUUUAAUCUGCCUAUCAGUUCUGCUGUUCAGCAGCUCAGCCAAGCCAUACAGGCCCAGAGAUAAAGUGUUGGGAAAAGCCAUUCAAGACACUAUGGAAUCUGAUUAUUUUAACGGAAAGAUUAUGCUGGGAAUGAAGGAGGUGGAGCCACUAGAGGACAUGGAUAAUACAGAUUAUGACAUUGAUCCCAGCAUGUCGAUAUACAAAGUUGUUAAAGAUGAAGUACGACAGAAAUACAACAGACCUGAGGAGGAUAAAGAUGCCAUCUACCACCCUUUCGAAUUAAAACUUCCGGCUGACUCCAAACAGUCUGGAUCUUUCCCUCAGCCACAUGAUCAGGUACGGUCGUAUGAUAAACCAGAAGAGGACAGGGAUGAUCUGUACCAUGGCGUGUUUGACAUAAUUGGUGAUGAACAACCAAUGGGAGUGGUAAAGGAUGCUCAAGUAAACAGAGAUAAUGUCAGGCCCAUGUACCUAAGCCCUGAAGAGGACAAAGAUCAUCUGUACCAUCCAGAUCUCAGAGGACAACAGCCUGACCAGCAUGCUCCACUGAAUAUGUACCCUAUUCACCAUAAAAAAGUGCACACAGAACCAGAAAUAGACCUGGAUGGUGUUUAUCAUCAGUAAGCAUAAUGAAAAUGUCUAAGAAAUGUCUAAGGGACUGCAUUGUUGGUUGUUCCAUUAUAAAUUAGCUAAAUGGUGUCUACUGUUUCAAACCUAAAUUAAAUGUUUAGAUAUAGAAUUAAGAAUAAUAAAGAAAUUUAAAGUAUGUAUGUUCAUUAGCUCUAAAUUAACCAUAGUUAGUAAGUCUUUAAAUGUACUCAUUAGAUCUGAUUUAAAUAAAUAAAAUGCAUUGUUUAAAUGAAAUCAUAUUAAAAUAAAUAAAAAGACUGAUUUGUCAACUUUCUGAA